CUGCCAUAGCGCCAAAAGCGAGUCCAUAAAUACAAGUUUCCAAGCCAUAAUUACAAGGACAGUUACAUCCUUCUUCAGUAGUGGGUCUGAGCGAGAGUCUGGGGCCCCAGAGCACAGCCUGCGAAUGGGGAGCUUACUGGAGACUGCUUGAGGUCUGUGGACAAAAGUCCAUAAAUACAAGUUUCGAAGCCAUAAUAACAAGGACAGUUUUGUCCCCCCCAGAGCACCGCCUGGGGCUUUUUAGGGGCUGUGGGAUAGAGUCUGGUAACCCCCAGGUGAUACAGACUUGUAAUGUUUAAAAUCCACUUUAAAGGCCAGGUUUAAAAGGUUUUAAAUCUGAAAGUUGACAAAAAAAGUCCCGCCCAUUUUGGGAAUCCCCACCCCCCUUUACGAUUGACUCCUUACUUUGGCCAAUAAAAGAAGAUCAAGUACUAUAUAAGCUCAGUAUUUGACACCAAUCUUCACAGAACACUGAUGACGAGCAGACAACAUUAAAAGAUAGUAAGGCCGUAAUUUCAAGGACAAGGACUCUUGGUAAUGUAUAUUUUUUCUUACUUAAUACAGUCAAGUUGUUUUAAUUGUUAUUUGAAUAAUGUAACAACUUUAUUACUAAACUUUAUUACUGAAGUAUUAUAAAGUAAUAAUUUCAACAACUUUAUUCAGUUACAAUUAAAGUUAAAAAUAGAAGCAGACCUGUAUGUUUAAGGCAAGCAUUACCAGUUUUUGAAAGAUUACAAGGCUGGAUUUGUAAUGAAUUAUCCAUAUAAGUUUGUUGUUUGGUUCUUUAUUUUAUGGACAUGUGGCAGUGAACAUGAGGAGAUGUCCUGCAUGCCGGGUAAAUUAUGCCAAUAUCUCUGAACACCUUCGGGAUGUCCAUGGUGUCACCGACAAAGUAGAGAGGAGGCUCCUCAUCUCAAUGCAAUCUGGACGGUAAGUAAAAGAUUUUCAGAGAAACUACAGAGGUUCGUGAUAACUGUACUGUGCGAACCAUGUUCCGACAAUGUUUGUUUAGAUAUGCAGGACCACUUCCCUGCCCUGAGGCACGUUGCAACAACAAGAUGUUUGUCCGGUUUGUCCGGUUCCAGGCAUCUAGCAAGUGUCCACAAAGUGAUGGUAUGUUUUUUUGCUCGCUAAGUACUUGCACACUUCCAAAUGGCAAUAAUAUGUUCUGUGUUAACACGAUGAGGGAAAAAAAGAAAUGCUGAAAGGGGCCAGACACAGGGCAAUCAAGGAGAGGUUGAAACUCAUCCACCAAGAAAAGGACUACAGAAAAGAUAUAGCAGCACUCCAGCUUGUGAUGGGUGACCUCCAAAAGGAGGUUACAAUAAUGAAAAAUCGAGGAGAGCGCCACAAGAAACCCAAGAAAAAAUGCACAGAAGCUGAAGCUGACAAGACAAAGGCUAUUGAGGAUCUGCUGGAAAAAUUCAAGGCAGUGCAGUUGGGCUCCAAUCCUGGCCAGAAGGGCAAAUCCAAUGUCAGCCAACUUGUGACCCAUGUCAGGCUCUUCCUCUCUUGUGGGGGAGAGAAGGCAUACCCUCACUGAGUCUGAGCUUCCUGAAGGACACAGAGAAAGUUAUAUUGUACGUUUUCUUGACGUCAAGAAAUUUAUAUCAUUCCUCCGGGAGGAGAAUUUCAAACAAGUUCAGGUUCCUCAGGCAAAGAAAUUGUCACCCACCGUCAGGAAGUGCAUUCUGAAAAGAGCAAAAAGCUUCUGACAGUGGACCAGCUCUCCAUGUUCAAGGAGUUUGCUGCCAAAGAAAUCCCUAAGAGUCUCAAUAAGGCUGGUGUGCCGGAUGUCACCAUCACUCUGGUCAGAUCAAGUCUGUCAACUCUGGCCCAGAGACGUCUGGAACCUUCUCAAAGGAGCAAAGUCACCCGUUCCAUGUGCCACAGCACCUCGACCUCCGACAAAUUUUACGUCGGAGAGGAGAGCGUGUCUGAGGCACAUGCGACCCGAAGUAUCUUAGACAAGUUAGUUUCUCCUCCCUCUCCCUUGCCUGCAGCUAAGCCCAAGGCAAAAAGAAAGUCAAAAAGGGUGUCAGUUUUCCUCCUUGUCCACACACUGCCAGAGAACCAGUGGGAGAGGUUUGUUUCCUUUUAAAUACGGCUUCGAAACUUGUAUAUAUGAACUCCUCAGGUCAGAGUGGCGGGCAAGUUCCCCAGAGGGUUAAGCCUAGGGGGUCUGAGUGAAAAGCAGCCACCCUAGAACAUAGCAUGGGACUGUGGGGAUUGGGGGAGGCUGCUUGGGGGCUUAGUGACAGAAGCCACAGUCCAUAAAUACAAGUUUCGAGGUCGUAAUUAUAACGACACAAACCGUCAACCUCUGGUUCUCUACAUAGCUGACAGCGGGGACUCAGAGAUGGGUAGGGGCAUCACAAACAUCCCCUCUACCUCUGGUUCUCGGAUGGUGUACUUUGGUCACCAUGACUAAGUGCCGUGCAUGAGCUAAAGUCCAUAAAUACAAUUUCCAGAGCUGUAAUUAUAAGGACUUUUCUGUCCUUCUUGAGUAGCAGGUCUGACGAACAGUGUGGGGCCCUAGAGCACAGCCUGGGGAUGGGGUCCUUGCAAGAGACUGAUUGGGGGCUGUUGACUAAAGUCCAUAAAUACAAGAUUCAAAGCCGGAAUUAUAAGGACCUGAGUGAUGUGUACAUGGAGUUACCCAGGAAUGAAGCACUCUCUGUGGGAUCAAUGGCUCCACAUUCACCCCCUCUAUCCCUGGGGCCGGUUGCACCAACUGGUCUUAAGCCUGGUCUUAAGCUAAGUCGGUCGUAACUUGGCGUUCUAAGUCCGACCUAAUAGUUACGCUGGUUGCACCAACAGGGCUUAAGUCUUCCUCUCACUAAGACCGGGCGUAAAUCUUACGCCUAGUCAAGAGCAGGCGUAAGGUCAUUAUCAAGCUGCGCUCGUGCGCUCUAGAGCGCAGAGAGCGCAGCUUGACAAUGGCACGUCUCAUACACCGUCUCUACAAUGAGCGGGCAUUUAGACGGGAGAAAGUAAUUAGGGACAGAAGCAAUCCAUUGGACAUUUAUAAUGACGAGGAGCUGAUUGAGAGGUUUCGAUUCGGUAGGAGAGAUCUGUUUGAACUCACUGAAGAGCUGUCACCGGAUUUACGGUUUGUGUCGGGCCGUAACGCAGCACUGCCACUGGCCUUACAGUUGCUGAUUGCGCUCCGUUUCUAUGGAAACGGAGCUUUCCAAAAUACCGUCGGGGACAUGAUCAGUGUACACAAAUCUACUGCCUGUCGGGCCAUCCGCAGAUUGUCACUGGCACUGAGCCGCCGCCUUGAGCUUCAUGUUCACCUUCCUACUGAGGCAGAGGCAGUGGGGAUGAAGCAACGGUUCCGCCAGGCCUCCGGCAUCCCGGGAAUCGUGGGCUGCAUUGAUGGGACCCAAGUCAAGAUCCAGGCACCAUCUCAGCAUGAAUAUCUCUUUGUUAACCGCAAAGGAUAUCAUUCUAUCAAUGUGCAGAUUGCUUGUGACGCCAGUUAUAAGAUCUUUAAUUUGGUGGCAAGAUGGCCUGGAUCCACACAUGACGCUCGCAUCCUCCGGGAGAGUGCGCUGUACCGGGACUUCGAGGCUGGUAGGGUGAACGGGCUGCUCCUCGGUGACAGCGGCUACCCACUGAAACGCUGGCUAAUGACACCUAUCAUUGCUCCAAGGACUGACCAAGAACGGCGCUACAAUACCAUCCAGUCGGCAACUAGGUCAGUUGUUGAGCGAUGCAUAGGCGUCCUCAAGCGCAGGUUUCACUGCCUUCACGGGGAGCUGCGGAUGCGUCCUGAAAGAGUCUGCACCGUGAUAGCUGCGUGCACGGUCCUCCACAACAUCUGUGUCACCAAGAGGAUCCCUCUCCCCAGGCAGGACCAUCAGCCGGUGCAGGAGGAGGACGGUCUGCAGCCUGUGGUCCCAGCAGUGCAUGGGGACAUCGGUGGCCGACUAGCCCGCACACAAAUUGUUAACACCUUAUAAUAAGUUUCAGACAGACCUCUCUUACACUUUCAAAACAUCUUAAUCAGCUCCUUGUAAUCUGACCAUUUCCAAUGUAUUGCUUCUUUCCCAACUGCAUAAUUCCCGUCUAAAUGUCUGCUCGUUGUCUCUAAAACAAAUAGCCUAGCCUACGACAGAAAGGAAUGCAUAUAGGCCUACAUUUUUUGCAAAUAAAUUCUUUAUUGUAUACAGUUCAUGUGGUUGAUUAAUAAAUGUUAAAUAAAAUAAAAUUGAUAUUUUUUCUCUUUUUAACUGGGGAAACAACAAGCAAUAACAAUACAACGUAACAAAUAUAGUUGAUCUUUUUCUCUUUUUAACUGGGGAACAAUACAACAUACAAGAAAUUCAAAUUCAUUUUAUUCAAAGGGACACAUAGGUCCGUGCCCCCUCUUCCAACAUAUGUGCAGGCGAAGAGAGUGGCAUAUUAAGCUGUUGCUGGAGCAACUGAAUUUCUAAUUUAAUUUUUUCUUUUUCUAGCUCUAACUUCUCCUGCUCUGUCUGUAAUUUUUUGGUCUCCAUCUCCACUCUGAUUAUUUCUUUCUCCAGCAGCACCUGCUGAAGAUCAUCCCGCCUGCUCCUUUUCUUUGGUGGUGGUGGUGCCUGGCUGCUGGCAUGAGUGGCACUGGCAUCGCUUUAGUCUGAAAUUAAAUAAGUAGGCUAAUAGAGAAAAUCGCAUUUAUUUAGUUUCACAAGGUGAAUUUCCGGUUUGUAAAUAAUUGUAAAUAAUUUAGAAAUACAUUAUAAGUAGCCUAUUUUCCUCUAUACAUUUAAGUUAAUAGAAGAAAAGGUGUCAAAGGGGCAGGAAUAUAGUCUAAAUUUGACUCCUACUCCUUUUUGAACAUUUCUGUUUUGUUUUUGUUUUUAUUAUGCCUAUAACACUGUGGGCCGAAUUCACAAAAGGAUUGCGUGGCUUUUGCGGCCGCUAAACCGGUAAAAAUGGAGCAAACAGAUACCGUCUAAUUCACAAAGCACGCGCAGAGGGUGAAAUACUCCACUAACUGCGCUGCCAAACAGAUUGUGUCUCGGUGCUCCGGUGUUAUUUGCACGUAUUGAAAUGAGGUAAUAUGCAUAUAUUACCUUUCUUUCUUUUACCUUUCUAUGCAAAUGAGCCUCAUUGAUAAACAACGUCUAAUUCACUAACACCAGCGCUAAUAGCCACACGCAGUUUGAGUGAAGUAAAUAACGUCUUUAGAAAGCUGGUGCAAACUGGGCGCUCCUCUGUGGAAGCCUCUCGCCCAGACAUUCCAGCGAUCGUGGCAGCAGUGAUCGUCUGUUAAAUCAGUCUGUAAAUAAUAUUUUGACAUUAUUAUUAUAAUCAUUAUUACUUUAAUGGCAUCCGAAGAUACUGAUGCGUUGAACAAGUGACAGUCUGCGGUCGUUCUCAAAACGCACUUCUGUCACAUACUUCAAAAGCAACUUUCAAUAAUUUAUUUUACGAAACGGGGGAAACAAACGUGAACAAAAACGGUUCCAUAAUUCAUAUUAAAUUCAAAAGAUAACGAAAAAACAGCUACAAGUGAGAGGGAAUAGUGAUAAAGUGGUCACACUUGGUCAAAUCCACAGCCUCAACCCAUCCGACGCUGUUAGACUGACUCACCAGCAGACAUCACUACAUAAGGGGCGCUAAGGGGCUAAGGGGCUAAGGGGCAAAUCAGGGGCAAACUGCACUCAGCUGCCAAACUUUGUGGGCGUGUUUGUGCUGGUAUAUCAAUAUCCUUUGUGAAUAGGACGUUAAGACGGAGCAAACUGCGGGUGCAAGUGAAGUGCAAUUCAAGGUGCUAUCGGCGGCCGCAGUUCAUUCUUUGUGAAUUCGGCCCUUAGUUUUUAAUUUAUUCAAGUCAGAUUUAACGAAUUUGCUAUUUGAUUUCAGACUCGACCGAUGCCUCUCCUCCUCAAAUCGGCAGCAGCGGAGCACCAGCCAAGAAACGGAGGAGAUAAUGUGAUCUUCAGCAGAUACUGCUGCAGAAGGAGAUCAUCAGAGUGGAAGCUGAAACCCAAAAAUUACAGAUUGAACAGGAAAAAUUGGAGUUGGAGAAAGAGAAGUUAAAGUUGGAGAUACAGUUGCUCCAACAAGUCAUUAGGCCGUCAUCUCGCAUUUUUGAAAAGGAGGAGCGGUCCUACGUGGUUUUGAAUUAGCCUAUAGUGGCCAAAAAACAACACAAUGUAAUAUAGACAAUCGCAUAUUUAUUUAGCAACACUGGCGUAUAAAAAAUGAUAAUAAUAAAAAUUUUAAUUAC